AUGGACAGUUGGAUGAAUGACCCCGAUAUGAUAACAAUUGCAAUGAAGCCAGUGCCAAGCAAAUUCUGGGGAUUCUAUUGUGGAUUCAAAAAACAAUAUCCACCGUUGUUACGUGAUGUCAUUUCUGAAGAAGAGUUUAGAGAUGUCAUAAUACAAUCACUCAACUACCACAAAGUAUCAGGAAAGAGAAAGGCAGGUGUUAUCAGUGCCAUCAUUCUAUCUCGUGGUGCCUACAAUCCUACAAGACCAAUGUUUUAUAAAAAAGUUGAAACUUUAUUCGAUGUAGUUCAAGAACUGAACAACCAGUUCAAUCCAAGAAAUGUUGGAUUUAAAAUUGUACAAACCAGUAAUAAAGAAUGUUUAGUAGAAAUUAGAUUUAAACCUGUUCAUUUGGAAUUGGUUGACACUAAUCAAUAUCAACCAAAGGAGAAGGAGUAUGACCCAUAUCCAUUAAAAGGAAAGAAAUUCUCUAAACUUGUUAAUUAUUAA